GAUUCGAGAGGCAAGAGAGAGGGAAAGCUGCGCAGUGCGAGAGCAGCAGCAGGAGCGAGCGCGAGGCGAGGGCAGGAACGAAGGAAGGUGGGGGCGGUGGUGGUGCCGGUGCUGUACCAUUGAUGAUUCGGAUGUGUCGUGUCUGCCAAUUAUUACAGGCUCGUCGGACUGCACUUCGCUUCGGUCGUUCCUUUAUGACUUGAUCGCUGCGCUCGCGCUUCUCAUUCGAAUCGGCCGACUGCCUUUUAUUAUUUCGUCGUUUUCUUCGCCUCUGUCGACGACUUGCACUACUUGUCCGGGUCCUGCUCCGAAGCCCUCUCCUCCUGCUUGCUUCAUCCCGGACGCGCUGUGUCCCUCCUCUGCUGCUGCUUCCUGGACCCUCCUCCGCUCGCUGCACUGGAAUUUUGGAAUUUCCGUGCGCUAUUUGUCGAGGUCUUUCCGCCUCUGCACAUUUUUGCUGGUCAUUGGAGGCCCGCGCUGUUCCUCCUGAAUCCCAGGGGUUGCUCGUGCGUUGAGUUUGUACUCUUUGCUGUGUGGGUGCCCUAGAUCCUACCUCUCGGUGUCGAGCAGCGGUCUGCCCUUUUUUUCUGUCGCCAGUGCUUCGCGCGUGAGUUCGUGAUCUCAGAGAGAGAGAGAGAGAGAGAGAGAGAGAGAGAGAGAGAGAGAGAGAGAGAGAGAGAGAGAGAGAGAGAGAGAGAGAGAGAGAGAGAGAGAGAGGAUCUUUGCUGCCAGGCUAUCGCAUUGAGAGACCUCGACUCCGCAUGUCCGAUAAAUUGGUAUACGGCGGUGGAGUCUAGUGGCUUGUUGGGGCUUUGCGAGCGCACAUAUAUUUUGGCUCGGCGCCGACAUUUUUCACGGCUUUUUCUUCGAGCAGCUCGAUGUACCGUUACACGUAGAAGGUGUACAAGCGUUGGUAUUUCGUAUUUGAACGUCCACUCUUCUGGUGCUGCUUUUCCUACUGUGGAAGGAGCGAUAGCGUUUUCUUUAUCGACUAGUGGCCUGCGGAGUGGCAAUCUCGGUCAUGGUUGUGCAGCGUCAUUUGUAAUUACCCGACCGUCGAUUGUUCCAUGGCCCAAAGCCACAGACUAUAUUUGCGGUCCAAGGACUGCGUUCUUUGUAAUUUCCAACUUCACUCCAAGAAGAUCAAAAGACGCUGACAAAUUUUUUUACAGUACCUUGGUGCAAGGUUUAAGAUGGUAAAUAAUCUAUACAAAAGGCGCCUCGAUGAUAUGUAUGAUCAGAGCUCGCUACCCUUGUCAACAAAGCGGAAGAAGGCUCAUCUUAGCAACUCGUCCCCGACAAGCGACAAGGGGCAACACCCCAAGAAAUCGUUCCUGCAAGCUUUUGAGGAUCAGUAUAAAAUUUUUGCUACCACUCCUUUGAGCAGAAUGAGGCAUGGAACGUCCUUUGCGGUGACAGGGAAUUCCCCCGCAGGACGACCUCUUGUGGCUCAAGGAUCCAGCUUUGUUGCAGGUAGUCAUUAUGAAUGUCCUUGGACUCCUAGGACCCCUCGACGUCAGCGCCAUUAUUCGCCCCGCAGGCCUUGGAACAACCAUACAGUAGCGGGGAUUUCUGCUCGUUCGCCGGUGAAUGUUCUAGGUUUAUGCAGUACUCCGGAGGUUUUGAGCUCAGCUACAGUUUCAGAGUUGCCUUCGCAUCUCGCUAGGAGCUCAUUCGGACCUCGAUUAUACAGUUCAUUAUGCACGGGCAGAGGUGCAGAUUGGUCCGAUGCUGGUAAAAAGUUAGGAGUCUCGAAAGGCUGGUACAGGCUUACCACAGAUAUGUCCGAGACGCGAUUGAAUGACAUGUGUAGGGAGCGGUUAGUCUCGAAAGAAUUACCGGAAUCUAUCGUUUUGUCCAAGCUGAAAGACGAGAAUAGGGCUUUGGAAAAGAAAUUACAUGCCGUGAGACCAGAGCCUAGAGUGUCCAACAAUUUGAGUUCUGGGAGGACGGAGGAUGUAGAACAAUUAGAAAUGUCAGAGCUCGACUCCGAGAUGCUUAAGGCCUACAGGCAAAGUAUUGCUUCUAUUCAAGGCGACGAGAAACGGCUUGCGGAUAUUUCCAAGACUUGUAGUAAUCUACAGGAAGCUCGAUACGUUUCUCCCGAUAGCGUGCUUAGUAAGGCUGUUCCCGUCAUGGGUUCGGAUUCGUCGGGCGAAAUUUCUGAUGUGGUCACUCAGCAGGGACGAAAUGUCGCUGAUCACGACAAAUUGGCAAGUAGAAUCGAGCGCGGUGGUGAUUCUCACUUCGCGAAGCCCGACGAUUGGAGAGCACUAUAUGAUCGCACUAAAUCCUACGAUCCGAAGUUGGAAAUUUUGAAGUUAGAGGCGGAGUUCGCGGAGAAGCAAUUGGCUGCCCUGUCGCUGAGACGCCCCACAAUCUCUAAGGCGAAGAAGGACGUGAAGGACGUAGCUGAAGCCUUUACGCCUCUAUCGGAAGAAGCAGAGGAGGACAUAGACGAUGCACUUCAAGGUUCAGAUAGAAGCAAGGUUCUCACAUUCCAUAAAAAGUCUAGUAUAGACGUGACUAGGGCAGUUAUGCAGUGCCUUUUACCCGGGGCAUGGCUCAAUGACGAGGUAAUCAAUCUGUACAUGGAGCUGUUGAAAGAGAGGGAAGUCCAGGAACCCAAGAAGUUCCUCAAGUGUCACUUCUUUAAUACCUUCUUCUAUAACAAGUUGUUUAAGGACAAACGAAGCUACGAUUACAAGGCAGUUCGCAGAUGGACAACUCAAAAGAAACUGGGCUACAGUUUAUCAGAUUGUGAUAAGAUUUUGGUUCCAAUUCAUCAAGAUAUUCACUGGUGUUUAGCCGUCAUCAACAUCCGUGACAAGAAACUUGAGUAUCUUGAUUCCUUGCAAGGUGGUGAUAAUACAGUUCUGAAAGUUCUUGCUCGCUAUAUCGCUGAUGAAGCUAAGGAUAAAGAUGGAAAAGUAUUGGACUCAAAUACAUGGGAACAUAACUUCCCCCAAGACAUUCCCCAGCAACUUAACGGAUGUGACUGUGGCAUGUUCAUGUUGAAGUAUGCGGACUUCCACAGCCGUGGUGUACCUCUAUCUUUUAAACAGGGGGACAUGCCAUACUUCAGGAGACGAUUGGUUUGGGAGUUACUACAACUGAAAGCUACUUGAGAUCGUAGUCUUCAUAUGCGCUGUAGCCUGAAGACUAUCGAUCCAGAUGCUAUUAGCAUGGAUUUAACGCACGUUGUGGGGGUAAUCGGCAAGUCUACGUGUUUUGAACCAGUGAAGGCAUAUUUGAGCACAGCCAGUAAAUGACCUGGUCGGACCAAGUUCAGUUCGUGGGUCAUGAAGUUUCGUGGUCCUAUGCGAAUAUAAGGGUGGGUAAGGCCAGCAUUCAUCCUCGUUUGACUUUCCACUGACAGCGAUACAGUCUAAAGGGUGUUGGCUUGCCACUCCGUCUGGAACAUAGCUCCCUGGUAAUCCUGCCCGUUUAGAUUCUUAUUACCUAGUUUCACUACAGGGAGAGAUACUGUAAUUUUUUCUUACGUCUUGCUGUAGCGCUUACACAUUUGCAUUCCUACCCAGUCACUAGUAGCAUAGAUGAAUCGUAGCAUUUCCUCUUAGGUAUUCUUGCUGACACAGCGCAGCCCUUAGGGCAAAUUCCUGAUAGAAAGGGAUUUCGGGCUGAUGGGAGAAGAUUGGGCUUACAAAGAUUAGCCAUCAUGGAGUUGUUGUGGUGCGUCGGGUUUCUUAUGAUGACCCUUGCACAAUGCUUACACAUUGUUUUAACACUUGAUGGAAGUUUGGUGCGGUGGGGUUAAUUGUACCAGUGUUUGAACAGUGCUGGCUCUCAGGGUUCACCCUAAACUAUUGUCUUUCUCC